AUGGAAAAGUACGAGUUCAUUGAAAACCUUGGCCAUGGUUCAUAUGGGUGUGUCUGUAAAGCGAUCAAUAAGGUAUCUGGUGAAACUGUUGCAAUCAAGAUUCUUAAGAAGAGUUAUUCUUCGUGGGAUGAGUGUCUUAAUUUGCGUGAGGUGAAGUCGUUAAGGAGAAUGGCCAAUCAUCCGAAUAUUGUUCAACUCAAGGAACUAGCCCUAGAAAAUAAGGUAGUCUUCUUAGUUUUUGAGUGCAUGGAAUGCAAUCUACACCAAGUUAUGGAAGCCCGUGGAAAUCGGAUUUUCUCUGAACGUGAAGUCAAGAAUUGGUGUUUCCAAAUCUUUCAAGGUCUUGCUGACAUGCAUAGGCAAGGAUAUUUUCAUCGUGAUUUGAAGCCAGAGAACCUGUUGGUAAGACGUAACACAGUCAAGAUUGGUGAUUUGGGUCUUGCUCGAGAGAUCAAUUCAGAACCAUACACCGAGCGUGUCGGAACGCGUUGGUAUCGGGCGCCGGAAGUACUGCUCCAAUCGCGCAUGUACAGUGCUAAGGUUGAUAUGUGGUCAUUGGGUGUUAUUAUGGCCGAGUUAUUCAGUUCUACUCCUCUUUUUCCUGGUACAAGUGAAGCUGAUCAGAUGUUUAAGAUUUGCAAGGUAAUUGGCAGUCCAACAAAGGAGUGCUGGUCUGAUGGACUUGAUCUUGCAAGGAAUAUCCGCUAUCAAUUUCCAGAAUUUGGCGCUAUGGACCUGUCUCAACUCAUACCAACAGCAAGUAAAGAUGCACUGAGUCUUAUCAAAUCACUCUGUUCUUGGGAUCCAUGCAAGAGGCCUACUGCUGAAGAAGCACUUCAACAUCCAUUCUUCCACAGUUGCUACUCUAUUCCACCAACUAUUCCUUAUGAAGCACCUGGAAUUAUUGGAGGGACUCCGGUAAGUUCCAUCCGCCAGAACAAAGAGCUCCUUAAAGCUUUAGCAAGCCAUUAUCUACAAGGCAUAGAGAUCGACUUGAAUGCGGGGCCUGGGUUUAUGCCGUUAGGUCAUUCUAUAUGGUAA